ACAGACAUUGUUGUCAUCAGUGUUUCCAAAGAUCUCCAGCUUGAUCAAGGGCCACUCGCUAAGGCUUUGCUAAGCAAGGCAGGGCCAAUGCUUCAGACGGGCUUAAAAGAAGAAGGCCUUAGAAGAACACCUCAGGAAGGAUCUGUGUUGAAAACAGAAGGUUACAAUCUAGGUUGCAGUGUCGUGCUUCAUGCUGUCGUACCUGCAUGGUCCCAGAGACAUGCAUCUCUAAAGGUCUUGGGUGACAUCAUCACAAAAUGCCUGCAGAUUGCUGAGGAAUUAUCUUUAAAGUCAAUUACUUUCCCAGCAAUUGGGACAGGGAAUUUGGGAUUCCCAAGGUCUGUUGUUGCUAAAUUACUGUUUGACAAAGUGUUUGAAUUCAGUAGUAAAAAUGGAGUAAAUUCUCUUGAGGAAGUUCACUUUCUGUUGCAUCCGAAAGACACAGCUAACAUUCAGGAAUUUUCAGAUGAACUUGAGAACAGAUGUGGAAAUACUGUAGACGUUAAAGUGCAGAAGACUUCUCCAAAUAAGGCUAGCCGAGGCACAGCUUUCUGUGGUACCUCUUCAACCCCAGCACAGGAUGUACAUGAAAUGACGAUUGGCUCUGUCGUGUUCCGGGUGGCAGAAGGCGAUAUUACCAAAGAAGACGGAGAUGUUAUUGUAAACAUAACAAACCAAACCUUCAGCCUCAAAACAGGUGUCUCUAGAGCAAUUCUGAACGGUGCUGGAAAAGCAGUUGAAGAUGAAUGUGCUCAACUAGCCUCACUACCUAAGAGCAGCUAUAUCACCACCCGAGCAGGAAGCCUGCCAUGCAAAAAAAUAAUUCAUUUUGUUGCCCAAAAUGAUAUCAAGGCACUAGUCUCCCAAGUGCUUCAGGAGUGUGAAUUACAGAAGUACACCUCUGUCACCUUCCCAGCAAUUGGAACAGGUGAGGCAGGCCGUGAUCCAGCUGCAGUAGCUGAUGACAUGAUAGAUGCAGUAACUGAAUUUGCAAGAAGUAACUCUGCUCCAUCUGUGAAAACUAUUAAAGUUGUCAUUUUUCAGCCACAUCUGCUGAGUGUGUUCCAUACAAGCAUGCAGAAAAGAGAAAGUUCUGCAAAACCAGCAGCCAAAUCCUUGUUUUCCAAGUUAACAUCAUUCUGGAGCUCUGAGAAACAUUCCCCAAAGGAAAAAACCAAAGUAGUUUUGGAAAAGAAAAUGGACCUGGCUGUUGUGCAGAUUUGUGGUGAAAACAAAGAGAAAGUGGAAGAAGCUGAAAACUGGUUGAAAAGUGCAAUUUUAAAGGAACAGUUUCAAAUAGAAAUCACAGAUGAGUCUAUCUUUCAUUUCGGUGAAGUGGAGACUGAGGAACUGCGUGACCUACAAAAGAAAUUAAAAAUUGAUCUUCAUUUGGAUAGUACCUCUAUUCAAAUUUCAGGUGUUGAGAAAGAUGUCUGGAUUGCUUAUUCAACUAUUCGAGAAAUGAUCCACAGGGUAAAUGCUGCUAAACAGGAGGAGAUCAGGGCAGAACUUUUACAAAACUUAAUUGAGUGGAAAUACUUUGAAAAGGAUUCCUAUGUGCCCUUUGACAGUCUCACAAAUAUGCAGUUGGAAAAUGCUUUUGUGGGAAAGCAGAAAGAGAUUUCAGUCAUCAUUGAUAAGAAAAAAUACACAGUGAAUAUAGAAGCUAGAUAUGCUAUGGAUGACCAAGGAAAACGUACACCCAUUAUACGUGUUGAUAAAUCUGAAGAUCAGGAGUCAACAGUGCUCCCUGCAACGUGGGACGAUAUGCAAAACCAGCGACUCAAAAUAGUGGAACUAAAACCAGAAACAAGAGAAUAUAGAGAUGUGCAGGAAAGGUUUCUGAAGACCUGUCAGUCAUUAAAAAUUGAAAAG